AUGUCUCUUUGGGCCGAUAAAUAUAGACCGAGAACUCUCAGUGAGUUGAGUUUUCAUCCAAGAAUUUCGAAACAGCUGCAGGUGAUGGCAAGUUCGGGAGAGUUUCCCCAUCUUUUGGUGUAUGGGCCACCCGGUGCUGGGAAAAAGACACGAGUUCUCGCAACACUGAGAGAACUAUAUGGAGCUGGAACCGGAAGACUAAGGGUCGAUGUGAAAACUUUCAUUUUGCCUUCGGGCAGAAAGUUGGAGUUCAAUGUCAUAUCGUCCUCCUUCCACUUAGAAAUCACCCCGAGUGACAUGGGUAACAAUGAUCGAAUUGUAAUACAAGAUUUGCUCAAGGAGAUUGGCCAGAUAGAAAGCCUUGAUUUCUCCAAGUUUGAAAAUGCUUUAGUCUCUCUAAACGCAAGGGAACAGAAUAUGGGCAAGAAAUUCAAGGUUGUUAUUAUUAAUGAAGCAGAGCUUCUUACGAGAGAUGCACAAGCUGCAUUGAGAAGGACCAUGGAGAAGUAUUCAGCAAACAUCAGGCUGAUACUAAUCUGUAAUUCGACUUCCAAUAUCAUCGAUCCAAUCAAGUCGCGUACAUUGCCCAUCAGGAUUGCUUCUCCUAGCACGUCUGCAUGCGCUGGAGUUUUAGAGAUGAUUUUAAAGAAGGAGCACCAUGCGAGAAAAGCUUUUCCUGAUGACAGUGAACAAAGAAACAUAAUAUACAAGAGAAUAUCUGAUGCGUCUGAAAGAAAUCUAAGAAUGUCAAUUAUGAUGAUGGAAGCAAUGUAUAUGAAUCAUGAUGUCGUCAGCAUAACCACCCCCAUCAUAAGACCUGACUGGAUUGAUGUCCUUCAUGAACUAGCCACCAGCAUUUGCAAAGACCGAUCCGUAUCAAGAUUACAACAAGCGAGAUCUAUUUUAUAUGAGUUGAUGGCUCAUGCUAUUCCGGCAAAAUUGCUCUUGAAAAAGCUCACACUUAUCAUAUGGGAAUUUACUGGAACCCUUGACCUCAAAAAUAAGGCAGAACUAAGGACAGCUGUCAUCUCGACAAGUACGAUAUAUGAUGAAAGGCUUUCUUUAGGUUCCAAAGACAUAUUUCACUUGGAGGGUUUCAUCACAAAAGUCAUGGUGAUUUUGGAGAAGAGUUUCAUGAUGGAUUGA